GCCUACCCACCCCCCCAUACCACCUAGGGUUUUGAGUCCGACCCGACCCGACCCGACCCCUCCGCCGCGCGCGCCAUGGGCCCCGACGAGCUCCCCGAGGCCGCCGCCGCCGCAGGCGCAGCCGCGGGCGACGAGGCCGCGCCGUUCUCCUUCAGCAUCUGGCCGCCGACGCAGAGGACGCGGGACGCCGUGGUGCGGCGCCUGGUGGACACGCUGGCCGGCGACACCCUCCUCUGCAAGCGCUACGGCGCCGUGCCGGCCGCCGACGCCGAGCCCGCGGCCCGCGCCAUCGAGGCCGAGGCCUUCGACGCCGCCGCCGUCGCCGGCGGGGCCGCCGCAUCCGUCGAGGAGGGCAUCGAGGCGCUGCAGCUCUACUCCAAGGAGGUCAGCCGCCGCCUCCUCGACUUCGUCAAGUCCCGGUCCGCUGCCGCCAAGGCCGAGCCGCCGUCGGAGGCGCCUCCCGCCGUCAAGGAGGAGACCUCCGAGGCCUGAGCUCGCCCCGACGGAUGACGUUCGUUUCGUUUAUGCUGCGCGAUAAAAUUCGUUUACAUCUAUCUAUCUAGAGUUCGUGUGCGGCGUUGGCCUCAGUUGCCUGUAGGUUGUUCGCGUGUCUGUGCUGUUAUUGUUCUUUCGGUAGCCGCUGGUUCCCCUCUUUAAUUACUUCCGUUUGUAUCUGUGAGCAAGAAUUGUCUUCACCUUGUCGUGGCAAUGAUCAAGAUUUCACCGGAA